AUGGCCCUGGCGCUGGGCUCGGGGGCCCAGAACUACAAGUGCGAUGCCGCCCGACUGUCGCGGGACGGGCUUAUCCCAGACCUGGUUUGUGUCUUUCUUGACUUCCUCUUCUUAUUCCUGAUGACGGUGAUGGUGGCGAUGGCCUGUCCUGGUACGCAGGUCGAAAGCGAGUUGAGAGGGGCCGAGGGUUAG